GUUCCAACUUCAUUGCAGCGAAAGCCAAUUCAAAAAGCACGAUUAUUACACCUCGCCUUCUGGCCUUGCCGACCGAUCAUGGCAACCGAUCACAAGACAGUGCCUAUUCCCCCAAAACGGGCCAAUACCGACUAUCCGCUAAUUGACUCCGACCCGCACUUGAGACGAGUCUUCGGCUAUGCACGGCCUUCGGACUACGCAGUUGCAAGCGGUCUGGCUGCCACUUCGCCAAUUGCCUUUUGGAUUAUGGAAAGGGUGAGCCCGUCCCAUGUCGGCAGAGGCGGCUUUUCUCCCGUCAUGCGACUAGCAACAGCAAUUGGUCUUGUUGGAGGUCUACAUAUCUUCUACCAGCGGUCUUGCAAUCGCUUCUAUGGUUUCACGGAGAACGCGCGGGAAGUUGAAAUGGACAUGAGAGAAAUGGUAGACAAGGUCAAGAAAGGGGAGCCGCUGUACGGAACCUCUCAAGUUUCUCCAUACUUGCAGGGUGUUGCUGCCAGAAACUCGCGGUACUCUCAACUUUUUAGCCAUGUCCUUCCAUGGUUCAAUAUUGUCAACCACGAUCAACACGGAGUUGACACAGCCAAAUAUUAUCAACAAGCGGAACGGGAGCUAGAGGCGGAGCGUCUGAACUAACUGUCCCGCUCGCUCCGGGUAAUGUGUGGAACGAACAGUGACAAACAAUCAACAUGCCCGGGCUCCUUCUGUUACCGCAAACCUGUUUAUACUUAUAUUCUAGCGCAAUGUGAAAUUCCCUCUCAGCCCUACACCAAUAGAAAUAUUCCAG